AUGGCGCCUCGAACGAAAGCUGUUGCAUUCAUCUGCAACAGCUGUAAAUCCUCCUUUGUACGAGGAUACAGCAGUACCGCUCCACUGGGCAGAACAUUCCCAAGCUUCAAACCUACAUCACAACCCGAGCUCGACACACUGUUAUCACAGUACCGCGAAACACUCUUUAUUCCCGAAAAUCUAUCGAAGAACCACCAGCACCUGAUCUAUCGUCCGAGCAAACACCACAUCCUCACCAACGACCCUGGCGUCACUGUGAGCAUAACAGAUGAAGAAGAUGUCAAGCUCCGGCCGAUGUCUUAUGCGGAGCGGCCUGAGAAACGAAAAUCUCUUGCGCGUCUAACGAGCCUGUUGGGCGAAACACCUGACCCCGACUCAUGGUCCAACCUCCUUCCUUUCCUCGAAGGCAUGAAAUCAUCUCACGAGCCUGUUCCCGCCAAAUUCCUUGAGAAACUCACCCGUAAAGCAAACAAGCUCGGCAUGCAGCGGUUCAUCAUCGAAUUGGCAGAGCAGGCCAAACGGACCGAUGUUCGGCUCUCCGAGCCCUUCCUCCUACGCGAGCUCCUGCUGGGAUGCCAUCGUCGCGCGCUCGAGUCAUCCUACCAAGGCGAAGGUUUCGAAAAGGCCGCUCGGCAGGCGCAGCUCAUCGUCUAUAUGCUUCAGAAAGGCGACCACUGCAAUAAGACAAACUACGCCCAGGGACACCUGGAUAUGCGGCGGAGCCUUUUCCCAAGCGCCAUCAUGCUCGACAUGACCGCUGCACGCGCCUUUUAUUCUUCCUCCAAACCCACCGACACCGAUGGCGAGGUCAGCCGCGCAGUCGCCAAAGUGCUCGCCCUGUCCAAGUCGUCUGAGAGCGGGCUGACGAGCCUGUCGAUGCCAGAGUUCUCACGACAGAAGAGCAGGACAGAUAACCAACAUACCAACCUAGGCGAGGCACAGGAGCGACUGGAGAAUUUGUUGCCGGUAUGGAGCGGACUGAAGUUUGCGAGCAAAAUCCCAGGCGCGGUGAUCAUGAUGAGUCGUGAUGACUUCCACCGUCUCUUGAAACACGCAGGAAGCGAGGUCAGGGCGGCGGAGGCCGAGGUGAAGGCACUCGCCGGCGACAACAUGGACAGGCGGUCGUUGGUGUUACUGGAGCAGCUCCGGCAGAUACAUUCAUGA